AUGGAAGAGCCUGAAGAAGGGCCUCAAGAAGGCGUCCCCAUGGCGCAGAAGAAAGGCUGCGAGAAGCACAACAUGGCUAAGGAGAGCUACUCGAUCUAUGUGUACAAAGUGCUGAAGCAGGACACAAGCAUCUUGCCCAAGGCCAUGGGCCUCAUAAGCUUCAUUAACGACAUGUUCAAGGGCAUUGCCAGGGAGGCCUCUGAGCUGCAUUGUAACAAGCACUUGACGGUGAAGUCCAGGGAGGUGCAGGCGACACGCGUGUGCCUGCUGCUUCCAGGGGUGACCAAGCACGCGGUGCAGGAGGCGACCAAGGCCGUGACUGAGAACACUAGCUCUAAGUAA